CUUUCGUUCUUCCUUUCUUCAUCCGUCCCUGUUCUGUUCUGGCAUCUUCCUCAUCGGAGCCGAGCAAUCCAAGAAUAAAGGAGCCACUCGCCGAUUACUAGCAAAUGGCGGCGGCGGCGAUGGCCGGGUGCGGCGUCCCGGCGGCGCCCGUGCAGCAUCCCCGUUCGCGCGCGACGACCCGGAUGCGGUGCCGCUGCUGCGAGGACUCGCUCGGCGUCCCGCGCCGCCGCCGCGCGCCCGGCGCCGAGUCGCAGCAGCAGAUGUACUUCCCGGAGCUCCGGCCGUCGCAUCCGCCAUCCCCGCCGCCGCGUCCGCGGCGCAUCGUGCUGGUGCGGCACGGGCAGAGCGAGGGGAACGUGGACGAGAGCGCCUACGGUCGCGUCCCCGACCCGCUUAUCGGCCUCACCCCCAAAGGCCGCAGCCAGGCCGAGGACUCCGGCCGCCGCCUCCACCGCCUCUUCUCCGGCUCCGGCGAAUCCGAAGACGAAUCCUCGGAGCAGAACUGGAAGGUGUACUUCUACGUUUCCCCCUACCGCCGCACCCUGGAGACCCUCCGCGGGCUCGGCCGCGCCUUCUCCGCCCCCCGCAUCGCCGGCGUCCGCGAGGAGCCCCGCCUCCGAGAGCAAGACUUCGGCAACUUCCAGGACAGGGAGAAGAUGCGCGUGGAGAAGGAGACCCGCCGCCGGUACGGCCGCUUCUUCUACCGCUUCCCGGACGGCGAGUCGGCCGCCGACGUCUACGACCGGAUCACCGGCUUCCGCGAGACGCUCCGCGCCGACAUCGACAUCGGCCGCUUCCAGCCGCCCACGCCCUCGCCGGCGACGGCGCCGGAGAUGAACCUGGUGCUGGUGUCCCACGGGCUGACGCUGCGGGUGUUCCUGAUGCGGUGGUACAAGUGGACGGUGAGCCAGUUCGAAGGGCUCGCCAACCUCGACAAUGGCGGCGCCGUCGUGAUGCAGACCGGGGAAGGCGGGAGGUACAGCUUGCUGGUGCAUCACUCCGUCGAGGAGCUCCGGGAGAUGGGGCUCACGGAGGAGAUGAUCGAGGACCAGGUGUGGCAAAGCACGGCGAGGCCUGGCGAGCUUAACUACGAGUUCAUCACCAAUGGCCCUUCUUUCUUCACCCAUUUCACAUGAGCUCUAUGUAUAUAGCUGCCACACGAUUAUUAGCUACUCUUGCUUCUUUGGAGCUUCCUUUAAUUUGGGAAUUUUAAUAUAUGUGAUCACUUCAGAUUUUGUGGAUAUAAUUCCCAGUUCGAUCUAGGCAAAACUAAGGAUUAGUCGUUUUAAGCAUAUAAGGCAAAAAGAUUACUACGAAGUAGUAUAAUGUGAUCACAGAUUUUGUAGUCUUUUUCGAAAUGGUUUUUUCUUUCA